AUGAGCCCAGUGCAAAUGAAGGUGUUGCCUCAAGCAGUCCUCCAAAGCCCAGGGGAACAUCCCAAGUUCAUAGAGCAGCCUCUUUGCCCCCCAUUAGAGUUUGCAAGGAUUCAUUUGAUCAAAGACAAAGAUGCCAUAGAUGAUUAUUUGGCAAAGAAUAUCAAAGGGGUGUCAACACAAGAAGCUGCUGCUUACAGGAAUUCAUACAAGAAGAACAUCUGCAUAGACAUGCUGCGCCGGGGUUAUCACAAGUCCUUCUCUGAGCUCCUCACUCUGAUCCAGAAGUGGAAUGCCUUCAGGGAGGCUGCAGGGCCUGGGUCAGCCAUAUGGCAUGAGAAGUCCCUGGAGGAGCAGCCUGAUAAGCUGGAUCAGCUUUCCCACUUCCUGACCGGGGCUGAGGCAGCCCGGCGAGCAGGGCACUAUGAGAAGGUGUAUGAUAACCAGCUUAGCUUGGCCUGCUGUUUCAAUGACCCUGAGGACAAAUGGUUAAGUAACUACUUCUAUGAGCAAAGCUAUAACACAGCUCAAUUAGUAGAAAUUGAUGGUGGGAAGAGAAAGGCACAAGGAUAUGUAAACAUGGCCCUCAUCGAAGAGGAAGAAGGUCACAUAACGAAAGCUGCUGAGCACCUUGAAACCUUUUAUGAGCUAACAGAGGGCACAUCCUGGAAGGAUGAGACAGGCCGCACUUACACUUCACUGGCAUGUCAGCAUCUCUGGAGAAUUUAUACAUUGCUAGCAGACAAAAUGCUGGAAAAUAAACAACACCAAGAGGCCAUCAAAAUGCUAAUAAAAGCUUUAAAGAUGGCCAAAGAAGGAGGUGAUAUAAAGAUGCAUGGAGAAGCAGCCUAUUGCUUAAGUCUAGCAUAUCAUUUUUCUGGAGAAAACGAGACAGCACUCGCAGUUUUGAACACCUCUGUAGAAAUCUUCACAAGCCUUUGUGAUUCUGCUGGCCUGGGCAGAGCAUAUGCAGCUGUAGCCAAGAUCCUGGCAAGUCAGGGAAAAUCAAGUGAGGCUGUGAAGUAUUUGGGAGAGUUUAUGAAGGAUGCUGAGAGUGCUAAUCUAAGCCAAAGCCUGGUGGAUGCAAAUGUCCUACUUGGAAAAGUUCACAAUGAAAGAGGGAACUAUAACCAAGCUCUGGAAUAUUUCAGUCAGGCCUCUGAGGCAGCGAGAGCUUUGAACAAUCUGCCCUUGGUGGCUGAAACAGAGAGCUACUGUGGCAUUGCCAAGGCUCAUCAGCUGAUGGUGCCGUUCAACAGCCACGUAGCAGCAGCAGCCGAUCCGCUCAGCCUGCAGUGCCUGCUGGCAUGGAAGCAAAACAGAAGUGACAUGUGCAGUGACCCUCUUCCAGCCGAGGAUGCCUACUUAUUGACAGAGAAGCUGAUGUAUAAUGAGUACAAGAAAAUCCUUGAAGAGUGGAGAAAUACCUGGGGCGUCCGUGUGUCCCUGGGACCGCGGGGUGAAGGAGACGCCCCUUUGACAGAAGCCUGUGUGAAAGGCCACUCGGAGCCCUGCCGGGGGCUGCAGCGGGGUUUGAAAGGCUGCAGCCGUCUCCCCACCGCAGCCCCUCUGCCCUGCACGCUCUGGGGGCUCCGGGGGCCAGGGGGGCUCUCUGAUGGGCGGGGAGUCCCUCCCGAAUCGCCGGUGCCCUCCGGCCGCGGGGACAGCGCGGCCCCCGCACGGAGCCUCGGGGCGGGCACCGCGGGGCUCCUUCCCUCAUGCCCGGGGGCAGCGGCCGCGUCGCACGCCUGUCACCGCCGCCUCCUCCCCGUUAUUUACAUCCGUCUUUAG